AUGAUUUUAGGUGGCUCACAGGUGAUAAUUAGACCUGAGGAUGUGGUCAAACAAGGCUGGCUAUAUAAACAAAGUCGAUUCUUAAAAGACUGGCGUCGUAGAUGGUUUAUUUUAACACGUAACUAUUUAGCAAGUUUCAAAGAGCAAGGAGACUUCUCCUCUCCUACAGAAUCUUUGAAAUUAUCUGAAUGUUUAACAGUAAGAUCUGCUGAUGAAGAUAUUAAUAGAGAAAAUGCAUUUAGAGUAGAUACACCACAUCGUGUAUUUUUCUUAAUUGCCGAGAAUCCACUUGAGAAGGAAGAAUGGAUUGGACAAAUUGGGAGACAAAUGAUAAGACCAACAGUUUUUCAACAUGAUUAUUAG